AUGCCCACACUCGUUCCGCUAUGGUCGUUGUGUGAUCACGGAGAGUUUCAAGUCAUUCCUUUCAAAGAGGGAGGUUGUUCGGCGUGUGCAGCACAAGGAUUAAAAAGAUUUGAUGCUGUAAAAUCAGGAAAUUUUAAAUUUGUUACAUUUGGAAAAUCAAAGGCUUCAUCUUCAAAUUACCGAGGAGAUGUUUUGUGGUGGUACAGCGAAAAGGAUCAUCAAUCUACUACAAAGAAAAAGAAAAAGCCAACUUCAAUUCCACAAGAUGCGGAAGGAACCAUCAAAGUAUUAGAUCAAAAUGUAAAGCUUAUUGACGAACAUCGACUAACGGAUAUUAUUGAAGUCACAGAAAGACACGAAAAACCUCACUUUUACUCGACAUCAUUGAAUGAAUUUUGGUCCAUGAUUUAUCAUUAUGGCUCGAUUGAAGAGUGUUUGAAACAUGUUGAGGAAGCAGAGUGGGAAGGAAGUGAUGAUGACGAAGAAAGAGCCAGAAAAGAUGCGUUUGCAGAUUUAUUUAGUUCAAUGAUGGGCGGUUAUGGAGACAGCGAUGAAGACGAAUAUUACGACGAGGAUGAAUAUGACGAUGAGGAUGAAUACUAUGAAGAUGAUGACGACGAUUAUGAUGAAGAUGAAUAUGACGAGUAUUAUGACGAAGAUGAGGACGAAUACGACGAAGAGGAAGACGAGGAAGAUGAGGAAGAUGAAGAAAUUGAAGAUGACUUUGGCUAUGACAUUAGUCGUAUGCACCCUGACGAUAGAGCACACAUGAGAAAGUUACUAAAUCCACAGACCUAUAUGAAAUCUCCAGAGAGUGAUAGACCUUACAAUCAUCCAGAGUGGCUUAAUUUCUUUUAUCAAAACUCUGUGCUCAAAAAUACCAUGGAUCGCACGAGCAGAAAAUCCAGUACAGCACCCAAGCAAAAACAAAGUAAGAAGGAUGCAGAGCAGGAACGUCAAAAAGCUGAAAAGGAAUUGUUUGAUUUACUCGAGAAGGAGGAGAAGGAAAAGAAGCAGAAACAAAAGCAGCAACAGCAACAACAGCAAACUUCCAAGAAAAAUAAGAAGAAUCAACAACAAGCAAAACAGAAAAACACUUCUCAACCAUCACAAAAACAACAACCAAAGCAAGCUCAACAAAAAUCGUCACCCCAAAAGGAACAACAAGCUCAACAACCUAAAACUUCACCGCAACAACCAACACAACAGCCACAACAACCUAAACAAACUCAACAACCAAAAUCGUCACCCCAAAAGGAACAAGCUCAACAAUCUCAGCAACAAAAAUCUCAACACACUCAACAACAACAACAACCCAAUAAGAAUGUCCAGACAGGAUCAUCAAAAAAGAAGAAGAAAAAACAUUAA